CGUGGUGGGGAAUCCGGUAUCUGGUUGGAGUUAUAUACAAGAGGCACCAUCACUUUGAAUAGAUUAGUACCGAACAGUGAAAUCGAACGAUCGGAUCGUUGCCGAAGAACACCGUGAAGUGUAAAUUAUUAUUGCAACAGUGAUAAACAAAUACAUGAUGAUGAAACGCGUCGCAGUUUUGUUCACCGCCGUUAUCAUGGUGCAAUGUCAGAGGCCUCCUUACGCCGGAAGUAGCAAGCCCUAUCCUUCGGUGCUUCCGCAGUACCUCGAAGAGCAAGCAGCAGCUGCCGCAGCGGCGGCUAAUUCCACUGGAGGAGUUCUAAAUAGAAUCGAUACGAGCAAUGGAACAAAUGUCAUUUCUUUGUCGGCAUCUCCAGAAGCAAGUAACGCGAGCGUCGCGUCGACGAUUCCUCCGGACAUACCGAUUGACGCGUUAGGAGAUAUCGAUUUGAUAAAUAGAAUCAAAACGUGGCCGAGAGAGAAGCAACCGUUCUGGUUCAUCAACUGGCAACAAAUCCAGAAACAUCGUGGUGAUUCGAACAACAGAGCUCAACCGGCUGAAACGCAACCCAAUUCAAGAUCAUUUUUCGCGGGUUAAAAUGAGAUCGUUAUGUAUCUUUGAGUAUUAUCAUCUUGUGUUUAAUUUCAGACGACAACGCACUGCCGUCGCUUCAUCGCUAGUCAAAUUCGAUUUUUUUAAAUAAUUUUUAUAAUAUAAUUGAUCGGUGGUACGAUUAUUAUAUAGACACAGGAUUAUAUCCAGUGAUUAUAUCUAAUACAUAGUUAUUGCAAAUGGAAUGUUACUAAUGAUGCAGUAACAUUAAUUCCUGAUGGGUGAAUUACUAUCACGUAAAGUUUGUUUCAUCGAUGAAUGAUUGUUCUUUCAUUUUUUAUGUAACUGCAGAGAAAAGCGUUUGAUAUCUAUUUUUAAACAGCAGAAUUUUUAUCAAGAAUAAAAAGAUAUUAAUUAAA